UAAAACCGUGCAAGUGAGUGGCCAGGCUCUCUUCUACUUAAUUUUGGGGUGCACUUCAGUUGAGCAUUUGUCAUUAACUUCAUGCUCUUUUGACCCCCCGCUGCUUCAUGUUUCGAGUUCUAGUCUCAAAACAUUGGAAGUUGAGAAUUGCUAUGCCAAGCAUAUUCAAGUUGAUGAAGCUAUGAAUCUUGAAUCUUUCACAUGUGUUUCAAAACUUUCUCUGUUUCUGGGUAUGGUGUUGAACAAAUCUUUUAAGCUGAGUUAUGUCAAAAUCCGUGCUCAACACUUGAAAUACUUGGGUGUAUUUGGAUGCCAUGAUACUUUGAAGGCCAGAAUCAAUACUCCAAGUCUGGGUCAUUUUGAUUUUCAGGGCUAUAUAAAGUCUAGAGUUUGUUUGUCAGCUCCACAUUUACUAAUGGCCCGCAUCAUAAUCGAGGACAAACAGUUUUCCACCUUCAACGGGCCAUGGAAACAUUUUUCUACUUUGAGAGACUUUCUCGAAUCAUUUGGUUGCUCCAAAAAUAUAACCCUCUCUAUUUGUGAUUUCAAGGCUCUCAUCUUUCCAGAAAAUUUCCGAAGGGCCUUCUAUCCACCAUUGCUUGGUCUCAAAAAUCUUGUGCUCUUAACGGCGAAUUUUCCAUCAGUGGAGAUAGAGAGUUCUAGUUUGAAGGAAUCUUUGGCUUGGAUGUCCAGUUCUGCAGUGGAAUUAAUACCCAUCUCAGUUCUAUAAUUGGCUGCAGUAGAGUAAAUGUUUAUGUAAAUAUGAACAGCUUGCUUCUUUGCAGAAAACUAAGUUUGGCGUGGUGCCAGCUUCAUGUACAAUUUGUUGACAAACUAGCGGUAUCUUGUUUA